AUGGCGGGCGCGGCGCGGAGCGGGGGUAGCGCCGUGUGCCGCUCCCGGGACCCCGCCGUGUACCGCUCCCGGGACCCCAUCCGCAACCUGCGCCUACGGGUCCGUAUCCAGCGGGUCGCGCCGGCCGGGCCUCUCCUGCCGCGGGUGCCGCCGCUCGCCGGCCCUGAGCGGCCGGGCCGGGCCGACCGCGCCGCCGAUGCGGGAGCGGUGCCGCUGCGGGUUACCGGGGGCUCUCGCGCAGGCGCCCAGCGACCCCCGGAGGACGAGGAGGAGGAGGUCGAGGUGGGGUGGCAGGAGAAGCUCUUCAGCCAGUUUGAGGUGGAUCUGUACCUGAAUGAGUCAGCCUGCCAGACUCCCCUGGACUGGCAGUACCAUGAGGAGAUCCGGAAACUGGAGAAGGCUGGAGGUCGGAAGAACAGUCGCAUCUUCACCUACACCGACCAUGACCGAUUCACCAACCUAGAGGAGCUCUGCCAGAAGGUAACUGACUUGGAUCACGAAGAGCCAUCGUAUCUGGUCGAGAGGAUGGCCAAUGUGAGGAGGAGAAGACAGGACCGUAGGCCUGUAGAAGCAAGUUCUCUGAAGUCAAAAAUCAUCACCUGGGAACCUUCAGAAGAGUUUAUAAAGAACAAUCAUGUUAUUAACACACCUGUCCAGACCAUGUACAUCAUGGGGGAUUUGGGACCUUAUGGGAAGCUUGGUCAGAGGGAGUACGAAAAUGUGCUUUGCACGAUCAAGGUGGAUGGCAAUGGGGUGAUCACAGUGAAGCCUGACUUCAAUGGCACCAAAGGAGCUUACCGGAUCGAGCUGGAUGGAGAGAAGCGAGAGGUGUGGGAAUACACCAUUGAGAAUGCAUCUGCCCAGGUGCAGCCAGAGGAGGAGGAGCGUGAGCAGCGCGUGUUCAGAGAACUGUACGGGCGGCACAGGGAUUACCUCAGUGGGCUCGUGGGCUCAGACUUUGAAAUGCCUCUUCCUGGUACUCUGAGACUUGUCGUGAAUGGAGAAAUAGUUUCAGCCCAAGGCUAUGAGUAUGACAACCUUUAUGUGCAUUUCUUCCUGGAGCUGCCUGACCAGUGGUCAAGCUCCCCGUUCCAGCAGCUCUCAGGAGUGACACAGACCUGUGCCACCAAGGCAGUGGGCUGGGAUAAUGUGGCAUACUUCUGCUACCCCUUCACUGUGGACAUGUUUUACACCCAAGAAGAUGAAGACAGUCUCCCUCAGUGGCCUGUUCUCUACUUUGAGGUCCUAUCCCUGGAUUUCUGGCAGAGGUAUCGUGUGGAAGGAUAUGGGUCCUUGGUGCUGCCAACAUCUCCAGGUGUCCACAUGCUCACCAUCCCUACCUGGCGUCCCGUGGGUCUGGGACCUGUUGCUGAAAUGAGGAGGUUUUUCAUUGGGGGAUCUCCUGAGCUGGAGGACUUGACCUACAUCCGGAUACCAUCGACCUUCAAGGGAAAGCGCUUGAGCCGCUUUGGUUUCCGGACAGAGACCACAGGGAGCGUCACCUUCCGGCUCUGUUGCCUGCAGCAGUCCAGAGCCUUUCUGGAGAACAGUGCCCUGAGACAGCGCAUGCAGAGUGUGCUGGACCGACUGGGAGGCUUCAGCCAGCAGAGCUCUGUCUACAAUGUUUUGGAGGCUUUCCAGCGGGCACGGCGCCGGAUGCAGGAAGCGCGGGAGAGCCUUCCCCAGGACCUCAUCAGCACUUCUGCCUCUGCUCUGCCCCAGCCACUGGAGCCAUGAGCCUCACCUCUGCUGCUGCUUGGAGGCAUCCUCCCUCCAACACAAGCUCCCCCCCCUCAGCAGGAGUCCCAGUGCUGGUGCCUGGAAGCUUCAGAAGCCCUUCCUUUGUUGCUUUCCUUGGAUGGGGGAGAGAGCUUGUAACACCUCCAGACCCAGAAUUUGCAUUUCCAUGGGUAUCUGUGGAAGGAGCCCUGUUUUUCAAGGCCCUUUGUUACCAGGCUCUAACAUACAGCCAGUUUUUCUCAUUUCUUCUGAAAUACUGGCAUGGAACCUGUGAACCCUGUAACACCUUUUCAGGGAUUGAAAAGGAAAUAAUGAGAAAAACUGUAAAUUUAGUUUUCUUCUUAGAGAAGAGGGUGAUGUUGAAGGCCAAGGCAUGGAUGCUUUUUGAGAUUAAUGGAAUGAGUAGAUGACUUCUUGAGAAAUGCUGAUAAUUGUUGUUAGCUGUUUUGUACAGGACAAUCAAUAGUAAAAUUAAUCCAUCCACCUCUA